AUGUUCCAAGGUAUCUGCGAAGAAAAACUUGAUUUAAGUAAUAACAAAAUAUUAAAUGUGAAAUCUGUAGCUAAUAGUGGAUGUGAAUUACCCUUAAAGUCCUUGAAUUUGAGCUUAAAUACUAUACAUUAUAUAAAUCAAGAGGCAUUUAGUUCUUUAGAGUCACUCAUAGAAUUAGAUUUAUCACAUAAUAACUUAAGUUACAUUAAUUUUAGUAUGAAUCAUAUGGAGAAAUUAAGCUAUUUAGAUUUAAGUCAUAAUAAAAUAAGGAAUACAACAAAAUUUGACUUAAAAAAUCUUAUAUCAUUAGAAGUUUUGGAUUUAUCUCAAAAUGCAAUUACCGAAAUUGAGAAUCAAUCAUUUGAUGAUCUAUCUAAUUUGCAAAUUUUACGUUUAAAUAAUAAUUUAUUCACAAAUUUAUCAAAUUCUCUCAUUUUUCGAAACUUGGUUAAAUUAAAGACUCUUGAUAUUAUGUAUACUAGGACAAUUAUUUAUAAAAGUGAAACAUUUUCUGGUUUGAAAAACCUUAAAGAAUUCAACUCGUCUUAUGGCGAAUUAUCAACCAUAGAAUAUGGAGCCUUUAAAAAUACUGGUUCCAUAGAAAUUUUAGAUCUAUCACAUAACUUGUUAGAGGAUUUUAAUAUAGAUAAUGAUGAUAUACCUAAGAUUGAAAAAAUAUUUUUAAAUAACAAUAGAAUCCGAAUUAUAUCUGAACAAACAUUUCUUGACAUGAUUAAUAUUAAGGCAAUAUCUUUGGAAAAUAACAAUAUUUUAAGUGUAGAGCCGAAUGCAUUCAGCUCUUUGGUUAUGUUAGUAAAUUUAAAUCUCGGGUAUAAUAAAAAAUUGGAAUUACCAAACGAAGUGUUCAAUGAUAUGACUCAUUUGAUGCAUGUUUCAUUAAAGAAUGUUAAGAAACCGUUUAAUUUUAAAUCCUCUAAAAAUUUCAUUGUGGUGAACUUAGAUUUAUCAUUUUGUGAUAUUAUUUCUAUACAAUCAUUAUUUAUUUACAACGUGCAGGAUAUAUCACAUUUAAAUUUAAGUUCAAAUAAAAUCAAGUCUGUGGAUACAUCGUCUUUCCAAAAUAUGCCAUAUCUAACAUCGAUUGAUUUAAGCCACAAUUUAAUCACUAAAAUAGAACCAGGAUCUUUUCUUAAAACUAAACAAAUACGCUCAUUGGAUCUCAGUGGAAAUUAUAUAUCAUUUUUGCAAUUCGGUGUAUUCGAUGGACUCGAGGUUAUACAUGAAUUAAAAUUGUCUAACAACUCUUUACGUUCAUUUGACAUUAAAAUUUUACAUAAAUGUCCGUUAAUAUCAAUUAUUACACUCGAUGAUAAUAACAUAGAAAAGUUAAAUUUUAAAGAUUUCUUAUCAUCAAACAUAACAAGGUUAAGUAUAGGGGACAAUAUGAUUCCUUGUAAUGAAUUAGUCGACUCAUUAGCAGACGACUCAAGUAAUUUGCAAAUAGUGACAGAAAAAUUAGAUUACCAUAGUGAUAAUAUUAAUGGAAUCACAUGCGUAACUGAUAAUACUAAAAUUUCUAAACAUAAUUCUUUUUAUAGUAAUGUUAAUGACACAUCUCCGGUAUUGGAUUCCUUGUCCAGUAUUAAAGAAGUCAUUGAUAAUUCAGUGCAAAGUAUCAUUAGCAGAAAUAUUGAAGAUAUUGGUAAAAUACAAAAAACUAUGGAAAAUAUCCUUAAUUCAAUAAGUACGCUUACCAAAGUAUAUAAUGAGUCUCAAGUUAUUACUAAUACUUAUUUGAAACAGUUAAUUGAAGGAGAUAGCACUGAAACAUCCAAGGGGUUUACAUAUAUUAUACAUAUAUAUAAACCUUCCAAUAGAAUCACUCUAUCUAUU